GACACGGCGGUUUUCACCGCCUUCUUACGGCCUUCUUACUGUCCAUCGUCCAUCGUCCAUUGUCCAUUGUCCUAGACACGGCGGUUUGUCCGUGGUCAACUGGAUCCCGCAAAUGCACGCGCAGGAGGAUGUUCUGUGGCCACACAGGAUUCAAUGCGCUGACAAUACAUUCGUAUGGCCUGCCAAGCUGACAUGGGUCGGCCUGCUGCUGGCGCUGCUGUAUGCGCUGAAGACGCACUGCGUCCCAGUGGAGCAGGGGCAGUGGUCGCCAGCCGACCUGGCGUUGGUGCGGGCCGCGCUUGGGGUGUGGGCGGUGGGGCUCUCCGACAGCCUCCUUCGGGACUUGCUCACGCUGGCGGUGAUCCUCGCGAACGUCUGCCUGGGCGACGACUGCGAUGACAGCUGCCACCUGUGCAGCUACAUGGCCGCCCAUGCGCGGUUCUGCCAGGCCCUCCGUGCCGUGCACCCGGUGGUGCACAGCAUGGAAGCGGCACUGGCUUACAUUGCGUCAACCGGCCAUGGGGUGGCAGGUGCGUAUUGGCGGCGUUCGCGGCGUGCAGCUCUUGCUGCUGUCUCUGGCAUGAACUGAAUGUGGCCUGGUACCGACCGCGUCUGCUGACUUGUUGAGUUGUUGGGCUCUGUGAAGGCUGCGUCACUUGGUGAUUGGGUCAAAGGGUGUGUGCUUCGAUGCAGUGUGCGUGUUCGAUGCAGUGUGACCAAUCAGGGCAUGAGGCUAGUUUGGUAGGCAUACCUUCAGCCUCAGGCGAUGGGAUGCGGAUAUGCGCAGUGCUCGUAUCCUCCAUCUACACUGUAGAAAUCUGCUCACAAACCGCCAACGGUUGGGUGCCGCGCAUCUACGCAGGUGUAGACGUUUUUGGCGCAAAAAUGCGGGAAGACGUUUUGGGGGGCUUGGGGGCUGAAGUGUAGAUGCCGCGGUCAACAUGAGCACUGGACAUGCGGUGUAAGCCCUUCCCCUU